AUGGAGACCAACAUCGCCGCGCAAGACAGCCAUGGCGAGAACCACCGUCGCUCCUGUUCUCGGAUGGACAAGAUCCUCCACAAAUUCCUAACGGGAGGUAUCGGGGGCGCUGUCAUGACCAACCCCAACCUCGAAUCAUUGAUAACAAUUGGGAUCAAGGGGGCUGGCACGAUCGCAGAAACAACCGUCAAAGCCAGAGUUCUGAACACUAUCCGUGGCGACACCAGCAGCCUCAAAACGGCCGCGCCGAGUAGCUCCAUCAGCCCUCGUGUUGGGACCCACCCGACUAUCGCCGUCAGGGGACCUUCCACACAGGAUAUCAGCAAUGGCAGCCGACUUACCACCCGCCGGAAGUGCUGUACACGCAGCCUACAUACCAGCCACCACGGUGCAACCGAUCGUUGGAUAACCGCACAGAGCCGUUGCCUACUGUCGCCCCGCCACGAUCUGGCUCCACGCACCGGCGUCAACAGUCCAGCAAGUUUAUUGAUUCAGGGAAGCAACAUGGUCUUCCCAAUAUUCCCAGUCUCAAGAUUGGAGCAAGCCGCCCUUCUCGCCCGGUUGAAUUGCGUAUUUGAGGAGAAUAUUGAUGACGAAAAUCUAGUUGAAGAUGUUUCCAACAACCCCGCUCACAACGGGGGCGCUAAUCUUGAUGUUCCAAACGACGAGUCCCUGGAAAAGACCGUGAACAUCAAGACCGUGAACAUCAAAUUUCUGAUGUUGGGUGUUGGGGUGCAGGACGUACAGACAAUGCAUGCAGAUGUGCAGGUGGUCCUGAAUGUGCAUUGCAACAUUGCCUUGCCGCCCGAAGAAUCAGCCGAAGGCACCAUCCCACCCGAAAUCGGAAAUCUUUCAUGUCUUGUUUCUCUAGAUAUGAAUGAUAACUUCUUCUAUGGUCCCAUUCCUCCAUCCAUCUUCAACAUCUCAUCCAUACAAGCAAUACAUUUAAGAGGUAAUCCUUUGUCAAGUAAGCUGCCAAACGACAUGUGCAUGCAAAGUCUUCACAACCUCAAAACGCUUCAAAUAUCGUUCACUAAGUUGUAUGGAGAAAUACCAUCGAGCCUGGGUCAAUGUUCAAGCCUUGAAGUGCUUUCCUUGUACAAUAACAGCUUGGUUGGAGAGGUGCCAAAAGAAAUCGGGAACUUGACCUUGCUCACUGAGUUAUACCUUGGGUUCAAUAGUUUAACUGGUCAUAUUCCUAAAGAGAUUAGUCAACUUCACAUGGUGAAUUCUUUGUGGAUGGAAUCCAACAAAUUUAGUGGAUCAUUACCUCCAGAAUUUCAGAAUUUGACAGCCAUUCGAGAUCUAACCCUCUACAACAAUAACUUAACUGGUAAUAUUCCCAAAGAGAUUGGCUAUCUUAAUAGUUUAAAAUCAUUAAACAUGGCAUCCUCCGGACUUAAUGGAUUGAUUCCAAAAGAAAUUGGGAACAUGACAGCCCUCCGUCGUAUAUACCUCGAUAACAAUGCAUUAAGUGAUGUUAUUCCUGGUGAGAUUGGCCAGCUUAAUAAUUUAGAGUAUGUGUCCAUUGAUUCUAACAAGUUGACUGGCCCUUUACCCCUGGCCUUUUUUAACAUGUCUCAUGUGAAGUCUAUUUCCUUGAGACAUAACACACUUAAUGGGACAUUGCCAAGAGAAAUUGGGAACAUGAAAUCACUCCAAGAAUUGUACCUUAUUAACAAUACUUUAACCGGUGUGAUUCCAGAAGAGAUUGGUGGCCUUGAGAAUUUAGUUGCACUAUACAUGAGUUCCAACAAUUUCAUCGGCCAUUUGCCUCCAGUCAUGUUCAACAUGAAAUCACUUACAUCAUUAUCACUUCACAAGAAUGCUUUGACUGGUAACAUUCCUAAAGAGUUGUUCACUGCCAAUAUCCAGAGUAUUGAUCUCUCCAAUAACCAUUUUCAAGGCUUCAUACCACCAGCUAUUGCAACAUCCCUCAACUUAACUUAUCUUGACUUGGCAAAUAACAAUCUCUCAGGUUCUAUACCUUCCACCAUUGGAAAUCACUACCCCUUGAAAGCCCUAAUUCUCCAUUCCAACAACUUCAUUGGAGUGAUUCCAUCAUCCAUUUGCAAAUUGAGAUUCCUCCAAUUCCUCCAUCUAUCAAACAACAGUCUGCAUGGAUCAAUUCCAAAGUGUUUGGCAAAGCUGAGUAAAACCUUGCAAGUUCUGCACUUGAAGGAGAAUAACUUUGUUGGCCUCAUUCCACCUUUAUUUCCAAAGGGUUGCGCUCUCGAGUCCCUGAACCUCAAUAGCAAUAACCUACUGGGAACACUGCCACGAACCCUAGUGAACUGUUGGAAGCUGCAAGUUCUUGAUAUCGGAAGCAAUGCGUUACAAGAUGUGUUUCCUUUUUGGAUGGAGGAUCACGUUGAUCUCCGAGUCCUCGUUUUGAGAGAUAACAGAUUCAGUGGUAGUAUGCUUCUACCCAUUGCUUAUGGUGAGAUAAGUAGUGAUGCUCCAUUUGCCAAGUUGCAAGUAAUUGAUAUAUCUCAAAAUGAAUUCAGUGGGCCCCUCCCAACUAGAUAUUUAACCACCUUCCCAGCCAUGAUCAAUGUCAUUGAAGAUGUUUCAGAAAAGAGUAACUGGUUCAGCAAGUAUGAGGAAUCAUUGGUGUUUGUUUUGAAAGGCACAAAUCAACCAUUGGUCAGAAUCUUGAAAUCCUUCACCACUAUUGACAUGUCUAGGAACAAAUUCUCGGGAAAGAUUCCGGAUUCCAUAGGGAAUCUUAAUUCACUCAAGUACUUGAAUAUGUCUCACAACAGUCUCACUGGGAAGAUACCAUCAUCCCUUGGAAGUAUAAAAGCACUGGAAUCAUUAGACCUGUCUUCAAACAGAAUGAGUGGUGAGAUUCCUAGGCAGCUGACGAUGUUGAAUUUUCUUUCUAAAUUAAAUCUUUCAGUGAAUGAUCUUGCUGGAGAGAUUCCUCAGUCUGGCGGACAGUUUCCUACAUUCGAUAACAACUCCUUCAUUUUGAACUCGGGAUUAUGUGGAUUUCCUCUGACUAAAAAAUGCAAGCAAGAUCCCUCGACUCCUAAAGAAAGUGAGGGUUCUAAUUUUGUGGAUGGAUUUAGUUGGCGACCGGUGGUUUUGGGAUACGGAUGUGGUUUCGUCAUAGGAGUUUCGAUAGGGUUGGUUCGUAAUGGUAUAUGGAAAAUUUUCCGUAUUCAAUAG